AUGGCGAUGGCGGCUAUGCUCCAUCACCCGGAUCUUUCUCCACCGCAAGCUCCACUACUGACCACUAGUGCUACACCUCGAAUCUCGAUGGCGACUACAGACGACACAACUGGCAAGGUUGACACAUUUGUGAUCAAUUUCACCACACAUGUCUCUGUUCUGAGCUUGGCUGAAGAGUUACGCCUUGCACGGAUUCGGAUACUGGUCAACGAGCAUGCUGCAAAGGGGAUGACGGACGAGGAGCUCAAGAUCGAGCUUGACGCAAUUGCUGCUAGCGCUACGGCUACUCAGACUCCACUUAACCCGACCGCCGGCACCAAAAAUAUCUCACCUCCCAGCAUUCAGGUUGGCAGUAUCCAGAAUAUCGCGAGUCAGCCGCCGCCAACACAAGCACAAUCCAACCGAUUCGCACUAGAUGUGAUGAGCGGUGGCAGACGAUUAGGCACUCCUGCAUUUUCCAGCGCCGGGGACUCAUCCGACUCAGAGUCCGACUCGGGGUCUCGUGAUGCCAGUGGAGGUCCGCGCAGCGCGCUCCGAGGCCAAGAGCAAACCGUCAUACAGACUGCGCACGGUAUCAUGGGAACAUUGAAAUAUGUGCCGUACGGACACCACGUUGCUGACCUUGAGUUCGGGGGACCGGCGGCCAAAGGUCAAGUGAAGUCAAAGCUGCGUCUGCGGUUUCUAGUUGAUACAGGCUCGAAUGGAUUCUGGGCUGCGUCAUCCGACAUUGUUGGCAUUGACAAAGAUUCUAUGUUCAAGGGUCCAGAUCCUCGAGUUCUAACCCCGCGAGAGCAAGAAAUUUUCCAGCCAACAGGCUAUCCCAUUAGCCGGAUGAAUGGACAGUUGGGACCACGGCGGCGAUUCCCACUUUGUGCAGCCUUUGCCCAUGAAAUUGUGGGCCAAGCAGAUUACGAAGAAUAUGUUGAGAAUGUUCUCUUCCCGUCAACAAUGCGUGAUUCCCCAGCUGAAAUGCUUCAACUUUACCUUGGGGUUGCCUAUCACAUUAGCCCAGGUCUUAUUCAACACAUCCCAUCCGACGGAAUUCUUGGUCUGGGAAGAUGCAUGACCUUGAGCAAGGAGGGAUUGUCGUUUCUGGCUCAGAUCAGAAACCGAUUGACGAGUCCUGAGAUGACCAUAACUUUUUCAGAUGGAACCACAGGUUCUAUCAUUUUUGGGCACCGUGUCGAGGAUAAGAAAACAACAAAGGAUUGGAACAAGGAUAUACCAGUGCGGGGUGCCUAUCAAUGGGAGGUCGACUGCCGCACCAAAAAACUGAAUAAUCGGGUUAUCGAAACAACCAAUUCUAAGAAAACGAUCAUACUGGAUACCGGAGCGAUCUACACCUUUCUCGAUGACGAGUUUGUUAACCAGGUGGCUGCUCUGAUUCCGAAUGCCACGCAGGACACCGAAACCAAAUUGUGGAAGAUACCGAAGGAAACUUGGGGUUCAACUAGUUCACUGGAAUCCGACGCGACAACUGGGAUUGAAGUUCCGCAUGUUGAAAUUGAAAUUGGGAACAAGUAUUUUAGCUUUCCCGCCAUUGCGUUCUCGCGUGACGACGAUGACGCUUAUGAUAUGUGCACAAUUCAGCCAAAAUCAUACGUCUGGGGUACUACCUCGCCGAAGCGGAAGCCAGAGAUUUUAGGACUUUCUGCUAUCGUCUAUAUGGAGCUGAAUCUACAAUUCCCACCGAGUCCCGAGCCCCAUUUAUUGUCAUGGCGAACAAAGAAAGGCUAUGACAAAGGUUUCCACAGCAAUAUGGGAAAUAAGCCAGUUCAAACGACUCGGAAGGCCGUUCAAGAGCCGAAAUAG